AUGAUCAUGAGCACUCUUCAUCGACUGGAGACAAAAUUAGAAAACAUCCCAACUUCUAUUUUGAGUGAUCUGCAGUCUCUUCGGAGCCAGAUUCGUCCUCCUACUCAUGAACCACAGACGCAGCUAUCGCCUGCCUUCGGCGGUGAUGGCAACCAGCCUCUAUCAAUGCUGCCCCCUAUGGGGGAUAACUUCACACCCGCGGCAGCUGGGGAUGGAGAUGACUUUGAAUUUGAAGAGAAUCAAACAAAGUCAGACUCGGCAGGCCGGAUCUCUAUCUCUUUCAGUCAGCACGGUGUCAUAGUCUGGCCUGGAGCAAGACAGAUCCUCCCAAAGCAGUUGCUAGCCGCCUACGAAAUGCUCGGGAAAAACUAUGUCAUUGAAUUGGAAUCAACACGGCCUGCGCUGCCGAUGUUUGCCAGUCCAUAUCCGUUACAAGCGGGUGAUCACUGGCUAGAAGUACUUCCGUUAGCAAUGAUCAGAGGUCUGGCGGAUGCAUUCUUCAGUGUUUUUAACCCCUCCACGCCGAUUAUGGACAAAGGGUUCUUUUUUUCCUUCACUCUUGGCUCCGCCAUCGAGAGUGGCUUUGGGUCUAACCUAGAGAGCUGUCUAGUGCUUAACGUGCUAGCAUUGGGCUGUCUCGCUGUGCUCGCCCACCAAGAAGGAAACUAUCCUUUGCCAGGUGCUCAGGGCCAUCGAUUCGAACCCCCAGAAUGGAUGAACGUGGUUUACGAAGAGCAGCCUGGACUGCGAUUCUUCAACGAAGCUCGGCGACGUAUCGGCUUCUUGAUGUGCGACAAUGAUAUCCAAAGUUGCCAAUUCUACCUUCUUUCCUCCCAUAAUGUUAAUUUCAACGAGUGGGAAGGCGAUAUGAAAUCCCGUGUAUUCUGGAACUGUUUAAUGAACGAGACCAUUCUCGUCCAAGAGCUGCACCUCCCAUCAAGCGGCCUCUCCCGUCUCGAAGAACAAGUCCCAAUUCCAAAAUUCAUCGGCUUUGAAACAACCGGCUACGCCUCAACCCGUUUCACCUCAUCGGGCGUAGUUGACGACUCAUACUUCCAAUAUCAUUUCCUGGCUCAGGUAGCCCACCGCAUCAUCCUCACGCGGAUCCGCCAUUCCCUCUACUUCUACUGUGAGUUAUCCUGCCAUUCCCUCAAAGCCAAACUCCAUCCUCUCACACUCAUCCACCAUCUAGCGGACUCGGGAACCUUCCCCCUACCGGCAAUAAACACUGAGCUGCAUCAUCAACUAGAACAAUGGCGCACCAACCUCCCAGCAACAAUCCAAUUCAACAACGCCCCCUACUCUUCCCACCCAACUCCAGCAACCCCCUCCAUCCACCCCUCUCCAUCCGCCUCAAUAGCAUCUCCAGCGCACCUAUCUUCCCCGCGACCAAGACAAAAAGAUCCAAACCAACCCCUCUCCCCAGCAAUAGCAGUAACAGACGCCAUGCUCAAGGGCCGACACAUGAUCGCGCGCUUCCACAUCGGCCGCCCAUAUCUAUACAAAGCUCUCCGAAUCCCGCAUCUUCUAACAGAUGAAGACUUGGUGCAAGUGCGAAGCGGUCUCCAGAAUGCAAUGGACUGGCCGAUCACUCAAGGUAUCUUCCGGAAAAUGAAGAGCUGUAUUCCGAUCAAGUUUGCUUUUUGCUCGCAGUGA